CGGCGAUCCCGGCCCCUGCCCUUAUAUGGGCAGCCGGAAGCAGCUCUGGCGCCCGCCGGACGUCACUCCUUCCAAAUUUAGCUGUGGAAGUCAGCGGGCUCCAGUGGCGGGAAGCCUCUGCUCGCCAGUUGUGCGUCUGGGGGCACUCCUUAAAGGGCCCACACCAUGAAUCAAUGGAACCAUCGGAACAGUGUGUCUCUUCCCCUCUCAACUGGAAUUAAAUUUUCUUGGAGCAAUAGCGCGUGGCGGAGGGAGGGCCCGAUGGUGAUUUUUCUGUUUUUUGAGUUGUUCAGUUUUCAGCUCCCACCCCUAUCCCGCCUCCCAGAGAGGAAAGGCGGAGCGCGGCUCAAUUGUCGGUGGUGGUGGUGGUUGGGGGGGGGUCAGCAGCCACGUGUUCACUGGGACAGUCCUGCCACUGGGUCCACUGCCUCGCGAGGGCCAAGCCUAUCUGUGGAGGUCGUGCCUCAGGAAAUGGGAAUGUUUGGUACUGGGUGGGGGGCGGCGAUCUGGGCUGUGCUCUGGGGUCCGCGGAUAUCCGCUGCCCGCCGGGUGACUCCCUCUGGAACCAGCCAACGCCACCCGCCUCUUUACCACCUAGAUACCGGGAAAACGAGGAGGGCUGGUAUUCGCUAGGUAAUUUAGAGCUGCAGGCCCCAGUGGCCCCCUUUCAUCGCAGCAGCCCGUUCAUUCGUUUAGCAAAUACUGGGCGAGUGACUACCUCGUUUUUCCCAAGAAAGCACGCAUCUUGUAUGUUCUGUGGAGUGAAGAUGAGGGAUCAGACGUUAAUGAAAGGAAAAUCCUUAGCAGAGCCCGGCAUGUAGUAGGCGCUUAGUAAGUGGCAGCAUUGUUACUGAUUCAGAAAACAUUAAUUAGACGGCUCGUUGAUGCCAGGAACGGUGCCCACGGGGGAUGUGCGGGUUCCAACACGGGUUUUCCCCAGUGAAAAGGGAAACUUGCCGCCUACGACCCGCUGGCGUCGCCGGACGCGAGCACAUAGGUGGGCUUUGAGCCACAGCCGCGAUUCCUCUCCCCGGGUCCUGCGCACGGGGUUCUACGAAAGGAGACCACCCAAGAGCUCAGCGUGCAGGAGGAGACCGUCCCUCUCGCCGGGAUUUCCGACCCUCUUCCCGGCUGGUUAAAUUUCACCCUGUCGCUUUAAGGAGUGGCCACCUUGUGGUGGAAAGCCCGGAUGCGGCCCUCUGAUUGGGCGGGGCCUCCUCAUGACGUCACUCUAAGGAUAAAAGGGCCCAGGUGGCCGGAGCCCGGGCAGAGCGUUCUAGCAGUGUCACUGUGUGGGUUGGCGUGUUGUUCAUAGUACACCUGCUGCCAGUCCUGUCCGUCCCAGGAGUACCUGCUGCCCUCACCGUCGAGCUGCCAUGGAGGUGCAGAAGGAGGCUCAACGCAUCAUGACCCUGUCGGUGUGGAAGAUGUACCAUUCGCGCAUGCAGCGUGGUGGCCUGCGCCUUCAUCGGAGUCUACAGCUGUCGCUAGUCAUGCGCAGCGCCCGGGAGCUCUACCUCUCAGCCAAGGUGGAGGCCCAGGAGCCCGAGGUGUCCUCGCCUCCGGCCAAGUCCCCGGACCCCCGCCUGCACCCGCCGCGGGAAGCGGAAACCCCUGCCGAAGUAGCUCCCCCCGACGGAGAACAGCCUUCCCCGGAGCCCAUGGACACGCAGGAGGAGGCAUCGGGAGCCCAGGAGACCUCUGCCCGCGGUGCCCGGCUUCUCGCCAAAGUAAGCCGCAAGCGGCGGAGCAGCAGCCUAAGCGACGGCGGAGACGCCGGUUUGGUCCCGAGUAAGAAAGCCCGUCUGGAAGAGGAGGAGGAGGAGGGCGCGUCGUCGGAGGUUCCUGCCCGCCUCCUACCCGCUCCCGCGCAAGCCGAGGGCGCCUUCCCCAACCUGGCCCGCGUGCUACAGAGGCGCUUCUCCGGCCUGCUGAACUGCAGCCCCGCCGCGCCCCCGACGGCGCCCCCAGCGUGCGAGGCCCCGCCGGCCUGCCGCCCCGCGGACAGCAUGCUAAACGUGCUCGUGCGGGCCGUGGUGGCCUUCUGAGGACCCCAGCGGCGCUACCGGAGCCCAGAGCGCGCGCCGAGUGCGCAGACCCUUGGCGACGUCCCCCUGGGGAUCGCCGGCGGGAACCGUGGAGAAGAGCCGCCGCCCGGGCUGCUGAGAGGCUCGGAAGGGACUCUGCCCCGGGGGAGCCGUCGCCCUCGUGAGCAGCGGCGGCUCCAAGGAGCCGGCGGCGCGGGCGCCUUCUGCCGCGACCUUCGGCGCCCACAGGUGCUUUCUCUGGACUGAGACGCGGACCUGCCCCCCGGCUGGAGCAGGGAGUCUCCUCAGGUCGGACCUCACUUUUCACGCGGCCGCGCUGCCCUCCGGGUUUCCAGCAGCCCGUGUGCACGCCGCCAAGCGCAGAGGACCCCGGCACUCCCUGUCCCCCUCCACGACAUACUUGUGCAAGCGGUCAUCGUUGCGUCACGGGGCAGGCGUGGGGAGCUUCCUGCUGCUGCGUGGGCGUGGGCCUGGGAGGAGGGUCGGCUGUGGGUCCGCCCUGGGGCGCGGGAGGAGCGCGGCCUGAGUCACUCGCCCCCGCGUGCUGCUGCUGCGGAGUGCCCCGCGCCUCGCAGCCGAACUCUUCGGAUUGAAAAUUUUUCUCUUAAUGGUGCAUUAGGAGGUGGCGAGUGUGUUCCCAGUCCCAAACGUGACCCUCGGACACGGACACCAUCCCCCCAGAGCGAAUGCCGGGUCUGAACCGCGGGAGCGGAGUGGGGGAGGCGGCGCCCAAAGUGCGCUCCCGCUGAGCCGGGAGCCGCCGCUGGCCGGACUGGGCCCGCCGGGGGAGGGCGGGAACUCUCCAGGGCUUUUGUAGGGUGUUUACCUUUCCCGUGACGAAUUCUGAAUUCCCCAUCCACCUGGCGUUUUGAUAGGAAUGUCAGGGAAUAAAGACAAUUUGAGUAAA